CUAUGACAGUUGGAGGGGUUCUAGGAGGUUGGGAGUUUGGCCAUGGCCUCAGACUCCAUUCUACGCUUUGACCUCUUCUGAAUCCGUUUCGUCCUUUUAUUCCCUUCUCUAGUUCCAUGUCUCUCCUCAUUUCCUUUCUUCCUCCAUCUCUGUCCCCAUUCACCUUCCCUGGGGUCUCAGAGAAGCCUGGACCGCUCCUUGCUCUCCAAGAUCGCCCACUCCAGCCGGGAAGAAGAGGAAGUCUGACAAGUGAUGGACAGAGAUGUGCAAGCGUACAUGGUCUUUUCCUGGGAGGAGGACCGCAAGAUGGUCCUGCGGAUCUGGUCUCUUGUCUUCGGCAUCCUCGCGACCCUGAUGUUGUUGAGCACGAUAGGCGGGCGGAUGGCUUACGUGCAGGGCUCCUACACCGGCUAUAUUGGCUUCUGGACUGACUGCAAGAGGCACAAGUGUGCCAGCCUAGGCCAAGUCACCGUGCUCAUCCACAUGAGUCAGGGCUUCAUGAUUCUGGCCCUGGCCCUGUGCGUGUUCCUCCUCCCCUGCAUGGGCCUUUCCUUCUGGUCUGGGUUCCACCGCCUCAACAAGAUCGACGCCGUCUUCAGUUCCCUCAGCCUCAGUAUUGGUAUCUUUCCAUCUGUCACAUAUGUGUGUCUGUGUUUCUUUCUGCUUGCCAUGGAGGGUGGAAGAGGAAGUCUACCUUCUCUUACUGUGCGUCCAGGGGUCACUGUCCAGCCCCCGGUCCGUCUCUGGCCCCACCCCAGUGCAGGGCUCCUGAUUCUCCUCAGCUUGACGCUCUUUGUAGUCAACUGUAAGGCGCUAGAACCAGAGCCCCAGCUGGCCUUCCAAGAGACUUUCUACCUGUGCUGGUGCGCCUGCGCCUUGAUGCUGUGCGCUGGAGCUGUGUCUCACUUGAACCAAGCGGGCAUAUGGAGCAUAGGGGUGCUCCCCAAGGAGUGGCGAAUAAGCUAUCGCCGGUGGACCGUGAACUGCUCCUCGCUACACGGAUCCCAACAGAAGGGCGCAGACAUGAUGCUUGGACACACUCAGGACCUGCCCGAUCCUGGCGCCAGCCAAGACAGUCCAUCGUGUAACACCCUAGAUCUUCCGGACACUGACUGGUAACCCUGACCAGAUGCCGGCCCACCACUCAGCACCACCUGGCUGUCACUGGCCUCCCCGAGGCCCCGCCUUCUGAAGAGAGGGGAGGCGUCUCCGCCCCUCGAGCCCUGACCCCGCCCACUGGGUCUCCAUAGUGCCCCACCCCGGAAGUCCGAGCACACUCCUCCAUUCUGCCCCUCCCAGCAGAUACCCUUCUACCUUCCGGUCCCUGAGUCCGGGCUGAAGGGCUGGUUUGUGUGGCUCCAUCCUGGGUGCCCAGCCCAUACUCCUAAGGAACUCUGGGUCCUGUCAGCCGGGGAUUACGCCUCAGCACUCUCUCUGAGAUCCAGUCCCACCCCAGCUGCUCAGUCCUGUCCCAGGUGAGCACAUACGGCAGUCUAGCGUUUGGUGCAUCCCACACUUCGUCAGAACAGGCUCCUCCCUGUUAGGGCGUGGCUCGUCAAAACAUCCCCCCCGCCCCCCCCCUCCCGCGUCCUGGCUUCCCCUCCACAAUAAAAGGCAGGUACC